AUGAAUGGCGGUCUACUUGCAUCAGAGAACUUGGACAUAUCGCUCGUUGCGAGGUGGCUGGAUCAUUGCGUCAACAAUCAUCAGGAAACAUGCUCAAUACUUCGUCCUGACCGUGGCGACCGCGAAAUUCGAACCAUGAUCAAAGGGGGCUUUCGACUGGGUGACGAUCUUCGCGUUAUUGAUGUCCAUGCAAUGAAAAUCUGUUCGGCUCCACAGGGCUUGUCGUACUGUGCUCUCAGCUAUCUCUGGGGAGGAAUCUCCAUGUUGAAGACCUUGAAAGAGAACUUCGGAAGACUAAGCCAGGAUAGCGGCAUUGUCGAAGAAGAGCUACCGCUCACCAUACGAGACGCAAUACACUUUUGUCGAAAGAUCGGCUGGCAGUACCUUUGGGUCGAUGCUCUCUGCAUCAUUCAAGAUGAUGAAGUCAACGUUGCGAGCCAGAUAUCACAAAUGCAAUCCAUCUAUCGCUUUGCAGACUUCACAAUCGUCGCAGCCAGCGGUGUUGACUCCAAUGCUGGUCUGCCAGGUAUUCAGACUGCUCGAAAGGUCUCACAGCACAUGGAAAAGAUCCAAGGACUAAGACUGGUGACCACCUUGCCGCCGUUCGAGCACAUCCAGGAGACAUCACGAUGGAGCACCCGAGCUUGGACAUUCCAGGAAUCAAAGUUAUCAAGGAGACUGAUCAUUUUCUCCGAUGGUCAGAUGCACUUCCGUUGUGAAGGAGGAGAGUUUUGCGAAGACACAAGAAUCGAAACGCAGUCUCGGACGGGUGAACCUGGUCGUGCAUAUAGCCCAUUCUUAUCCACCUCCCUUCUGCUUGGAGCACCACACGGCAGGGGCUUCGACAUAUUCCAGGACCUGGUCGCGCAGUAUUCCCAGAAAGUCCUUUCAUAUCCAGAGGACAUAUUGAACGGAUUUUCAGGAAUCAUCAACGCCUUGAAGCCGUUUGGGACCAUCGGCCAAUACUGGAUAAGUGGUCUCCCAGUCGAGGGAAGCCGACUAGUUGACUCGUUACUGUGGAUACCAACAUACCAACAUGCCAGCGAGCUGAGACGAUUCAACAUUUUCCAAACCGACUUUGUUCAGAGACCUGGGAAGUACGUCGCUAUUGACUCUCGCAACAAAAGGGUCGAAGACGGCGCGUACCACAAGUUCCCUUCCUGGUCUUGGAUCGGUUGGAUGGGAGAUAUUGACUACCUCGAGACGCCACCAGCGACUAUCACACAUGACUGUGUAGCAUCUGCGGACUACUAUAUACUCACCAUCAACGCCAGAAUUCUCAAUUUCAACGUUCGCAACACCAACCGUGGUAUUCCAUCAACCUCCUUCGAUGUCUACAACAUCGAAGAUUCAAAUGGAGACAUCAUCUCUGAUUUUAUUUACCGCUUUGACCUCGUUGAAAGAGAUGAGGUCAAAAGGUUUGAAGUUCUCCUGCUGGUCACGGUAGAGGGCGAUCGGGCAGAUACGCCUGUUCGUCCUCGGCAGUGGAAACCGCUUUCCAGGUAUGUGGGCACGGCGGAAGCUAUGAAUGAUCCGAAGCGAGAAGUACAUCAUGGGCCGUACCUUAAUGCUAUGGUGAUAAGCAAACCGGCGAAUUAUCCUAAGGAGCCUGCUGAGAGGGUGGCUUUGGUUAAUGUGCCGAUGAAGUAUUGGGAUGCUGAGGGUGUCAUGAGACAAGAAGUGUUGAUUGGCUGA